GCCCCAGCACGGCACGGCCCCGGCGAGGCGCGGGGGGACGCGGAGCAGCCAUGGUGCGCUCGCUCAACUCCAUCGUGGCCGUGAGCCAGAACAUGGGCAUCGGCAAGGACGGGCGGCUGCCCUGGCCGCCGCUCAGGAAUGAGUACAAGUACUUCCAGAGAAUGACGAGCACGUCCCGUGUGGAAGGUAAACAGAACGCCCUGAUAAUGGGUAAAAAACGUGGUUCUCCAUUCCUGAGAAGAAACCGUCCUUUGAAAGACAGAAUUAACAUUGUGCUCAGCAGGGAGCUCAAGGAAACCCCGAAAGGAGCACAUUAUCUUUCCAAAAGUCUGGAUGAUGCCUUAGCCCUUCUGGAUUCACCGGAGUUACAAAGUAAAGUAGACAUGGUUUGGAUCGUGGGAGGCACUUCAGUGUACAAGGCAGCAAUGGAUAAGCCAAUUCAUCAUCGAUUGUUUGUGACAAGAAUCUUGAAAGAAUUUGAAAGUGACACAUUUUUUCCAGAAAUUGACCACAAAGACUACAAGCUUCUGACAGAGUACCCAGGUGUCCCUGCUGAUAUCCAGGAAGAGAAUGGGAUCCAGUACAAAUUUGAAGUGUAUGAAAAAGCUGUCCUGGCACAAUAAGGGAGGCAUUUUGUACUUCUGUGUAAGGGCAGGUAUUUUAAACCAUGAAGUUCUACUGAAUUUAAAGAUACAUUAAAUUUUUGAAGAAAAUAAUGUCUGAUGGUAAAAUACUUCAGUAGUGAGUAAUUCCAAAACUCACACCCCACAAUUUGAAGGUGGGGGGUCUGAGCCAUUCCACAACAAAGGUUGGAUGAGACUUUGCACUGAUCUUAAAAUCCAUGGCAGCAUCCCUGACAAUUCCAGGUGUUAGACUAUGUCAGAGCCUUUCUACUGACACAAAGGGUCUUAGUUUUUACCUCCUUGUUCAAAACAUCCAGCUCUGAGAAAGCACCAACCCUCCCAGGUGGGAGGUACAGAGGUAAAGGUGAGCAAGCCCAAGAAGAAGAAUUGGGAAAUCUCAGGCAGCAGUUGAGGGAUGCACUGAUGCAGGACCUGUCACCCCAGGUGGGUCCCCCUCACAGGCCACCCCUGCUCCCCAGUCCUGGCCACACAAACCCAGCAAAAUCAUCCUGCAAAGAAGCUUUAAUAUUCCCCUAGGUGCACAGCUGUGUGAAAGCUUUGCUGCUCUUAUAAAAAGUCACAGUGUCAGUUUGACCACAGCUACUCGGAGUGGAAGAAAAUACACAUUGAUUUCUUAAAAGUCUGUGUUCCUGUGUUCCUGCCAAGCAUUGUGAGUAAAAAUGCAGUUUGUCCAUCAGUGUGAUUUUGAGUAAUCUAUGUGACAAAUAUGGAUUGUCAGCAAUAGUGGAGUAGUUCUGUUUCAUCUUUAUUAAAUGUAAUUAAAUACAAAAAUCCUAAAAAUAUUAAAUAAACUGGCAUAAUUUA